AUGUCUGGUAACAGAUUACCCGUUAAUUUUGAUUUAUUCUUUUCAUUUACUAUUCUACUAUCUUUUUGUCUAAUUGCUAUUUCUACAAAUUUAAUUGAUGCUCAAGUAAUCAGUGAUUCAAAAAUAAAUUAUGUUCCAUAUAUUAAAAAUUUCAAUAAAAAUUCUGAUGGUGGUACUCCUUAUCCUAUGAAGACAAGACCAUUUGAUUCAUAUGAAAGAUUUAGAAAUGGAAUGAAAAUGAAAUUAUCAAAAUAUUCCACCAAAAAUAAUGACAAAAUAUUUCGCCCAACAAUAAGAUUUCAACAAUCAAAAACAUCCCGUAACUGUUUUUUUUCACCAAUACAGUGUCAACUUAACAUUAAAAAGUUAAAUGAUUUAAAAGAUCCAUCAUUUAGAUUAUUUAACAAAAGACCAAAUUUAAUUUCAAAACAAGAUUUUGAAAAUGACAAGAAAAUACGUUUUCUUAUUUUAAAUUAA